AUGAAGAUAACACAUGUGCCACCCCGGAUUCUGGAUGGGUUAGGUCUAGAGAAAUUGAGUUUAACAAAGCUGCCCUACAAGAUCAAGAUCACUAAUCAGUCAUCCAUGGCUAGAAGAAGUGCCAGUAGCCAAUCUAGGGGGACGGGGUGGGGGUUGAGGUUAAUGACGGAGUCAGACUCUCAGGAUAUAAACAACAACAGCACCUUCGUACCUGAUGAGACAUUGAAACUCGAUGACAUUGACAUAAAAACCUUUAUUGAUAAAGGUGUACAAUGUAACCCUGACCCUCUACUGGAGGAGAACCUUGCCAUGACGAAAGAGUUAGAGGAUCUCAAGAGAGAACGUGACCGGCACAAAUGGAGUGCAGAGAAGAUGAUUGCUAAUGAUGAUGGAAAGACCAAGUAUUACACUGGGCUACCUUUCUUUGCAGUGUUCAUCUGGCUUUUCAAUUUCCUGAGACCUAAGGCAGAGAGAAUGAGGUAUUGGGUUGGUUCCAACACAGACCAGGAUUCAGACAGACAGAGGGUAUCAACAGGCUCAUUGGGACUGAUCGACCAGUUAUUUUCU